AGUAGGUGACUUCCAAGGUGUCCUGAUGUAGUAGCUAUUAGACAAACUCCUGCAUUUGGCCAGUAAUUAGCGUGCUGCUGCACAUUGCCACUAGGUGGUGCUGCUGCUCCAUCCCAACUAACCCACAUGCAUCCCUGGCUGGGGUCAGCCUUGGGGUUUCCCAAGUGUAGAGGAAUUCAUCUCUGUGCCUGUGGUAAUGGCUGGACACCAGGUGAGACCCUGUCUCAAAACAAAACAGAAAUAACAAAAAAUAAGGCAACUUGCUGGAGGCCACAUGGCUGUGAGCCAAAUACAGGUCUGGGUUAUCAGGGCUCACAUACUUCUAAGUACACCCUACUGCCUUGGAAUCUGCUGAAGACCAAGCCCCUGCUCCCAAGCCAUGGCAAAAGAGGGAAGGAAGCAAAGGUGCCCAGUGGGGACAACUCGGGGAGCGGCGAGGUGCCCAGGGCCCAGGAAGGCCAAGCAGCAUGUGGCAGGGCAGCAUCAGGUGACUCCCAAGAAGGAAUGAGGAGAGGAUGUGAGGAAAGAGCCACAGCACAGAGGCCUGCUGUUAGGUCAGCGGAAACCACGGCCCAUGGGACCUGGAUCUACCCUUGAUGCUAACAAUGUUCUUUGGGGAAAAAAUCUAUAAUCACAAAGUUUCUGCAACUGGACUGUAGUCAUGGUUGCAGAACUGUAUAGAUUUACUAGGAACCAUCAAAUUGUUCACUUACAAUGGGUAAA